GUCAGAGCUUCGACGCCUACACUCCCGCCGCUUCCUGAACAGCAUGACGGCAGCCGCAGCCACCAGCGAGGAACGAGCAGCAGGCGCGGCGACGGCGCCGCCCGCGGGGAAGGGCCCUCCGCCGACGCCAGCCAAGGCGUCUCGGGCGCCCUGGCGUAUCCCCCUGGACUCCUCAGCGGGCUCCAAGGGAUCUGGCAGCGCCUCCAAGCCAGGGGAGCCACCGCAGUCCAAGGCGCGCCUGCGAUCGCCUCCAGCGCGGCAGCCGCUAGCAGGCCAUCGCUCGAAGUCCCCGCGCCCCCCAGCGGCCGCGGACGAGGACGAGGGCGAGGCCGCAGCCGCGGGCGCGCAGGGCCUGCGCAGGAAGCGCAGGGGCGGCCGCAGGGCCAGGCGCGGCGCGCACAACGACAAGGUCUGGAGCAGCAAGGACAAGAACCUUCUGAGUCUCUUGCGAUCCACGCUGAAGCUGCUGCUCCAGACCGCCCACAAGACCAGACUCAACAGCAGCAUCGGCAUCGACACGUACACGAUGAGCAGUAAGCACCCCGUCAUCGACGGGGUCACGAACGAGCUCGAGGGCUACAAGCAGCUCCUCGAUCAGCUUCGCAGGAGCGGAGAAGCCGCCGACAAGGCCAGGCUCAAGGAGAUCGGCUCUCCCGCCCCAGCGCUGGGCCUCGCAGCCCUCGAGAGCCUCCAGAAAUGCGACAUCGGGGGCUCGCUCAAGGCAGAGAUCGCCACGUACCUCGAGAAAGUACAGCCGUUGGACCCAGACGCGGAGGUGGAAAUCUCCAAGGACGAUCUGCAGACCGCCAUCAGCUUCAUACGGCUCGAGAGUUGUUUCGACACGGACAGCAUGAAGCUCAUCAUCGGGGCCCCAACCUGGGAGGGGCGCCUCAUCAUUCAGAAGGCGCUGGCCUCAGAGGGAUCGGCUCAGCACCACCGCGGAGUGGCGCCAGCAGGAUGGCUCGAGGAAGAAGUGGCUCAUUGGUUGGAGACUCUCGAGCAGUAG